GAGUAUUGAGAACUUUUUUCGUCCCUCUGAUGAAAAUCAAAAGGAAGAAAAUGAUACAUGUAACCGAUGUGCUAAAAGAAGUACUGAGAAAUGGAAAGCAACCAAAAAAAUAAAAAAAGCAAAACAGGAAGCCCUAGACAGCAAUAUUAAUUCUGAUGAGCUUGGUAUAG